AGGCCAGUAUAAAUAUAGGGAGCUGGAGACACAGAUAAAGACAAAGUAAGAUGAACACCUACAGACUGAGAACAAUGUGGCUGCCCCUGCUUGUGUGCCAGCUUUGCCUGAUUCUGCAGAGUGAGGCCCAGACACCCAGCACUUUUUGCAACAUGCACUCAACAUUCAGACCACCAGUGAACUCGGACAUCACAGUGACCUGUGGUACUGAGGUUAUGGAGUUGAGUAUCUUGUUAUGCCCAGUCUACUUUGGUGGAUACAACGAAACCCUGAUGGCCCUCAACGCACAGUUCAUCCUCCCCGGGUGCCAUGGAAUACCUGACUGGAACAUUGACCCUCCAAUCCUGAAAUUCAAUCUGUCAAUAACUGCUGAUGCUGUGGCUGUCUGCUCCAACACAUUCAGGAUAACCAAUGAAGUUGGUACUGGGUUAUUUUCUGACUUCUCAAAUGUCCAGUUUGUUAAUAUAUCUGGCACCAUCAACUCGCUGGACCCCAGUGCAUCUAUUGUCACCUACCGCCGACAGAUCAUCUACAUGUUCUCCUGUCGCUACCCUCUGCAGUAUCUGGUCAACAACAGUAAAGUCACAGUGUGA